CGGCGAUCAGUAAGAGACGACAGCAGAGAACGUGAGAAGAGUGUAGGGUUAGAGGGAAGAAGAGAGGGAGGAGUGCGAGAAAAGUGAUGAAGAAAUUAGAGUUGGGGAUAGAGAGAGUGAGGGCAAGACGAUGAGACGGAGAGAGGGGUAAGGAGGGUAUAAGGGAAAUCAAAGACGAAAGGUAAGGUUAGGAAAGGACAGCAAGAAAAAAGAUUAAAGGAAUUGGCCCAGAAGCACGGGGAGGAAUAAACAGGGAGAGAAGAGGAACGGAGAGGAGAAGACAACAAGGCUCAUGAGGCUGGGAUGAGAAGUGGAGGAAAGACGGCGAGAAUGUCUAAAAUGUCUCUGGAGCAGAAGAUGGCUCUCAGUGGAGUUGGUUAUACGAUCCUGGCCUUGGGUGGACUUUCCUUCGUCGCGUUCCUUCUGUACUGCGUCAGCUGCUGUCACCGAAAGGCAGCGCUCUCCGUAACCCACCGACCCGCUCCUCGGAGUCCAGAGACCUCCCCGCGCUAUGAGAGUGGUCCGUUUCCAUCCGCCGCCAACCAGCAGAUACCAGAAAGACAUGAUGAAGAGUCCGACGAAGAUUUCGAAGACGUUUUCCCCCAAUUUCACGGAGCCGCGUCGGCCGCAAGAACACAAAACCCCUCGUCCGCGUGCGGGCGAAAUUCUACAAAACAAGACAUUUCCAUGCCGGAUACCAAUAGCCAAGACACGUACAUUAAUCUAAGCCAGGACUACGUGAACGUCAACGUCUCUACAAACGCCCCGGCAAGAAAGGAGCACACAUACCUAGAAGUUAUUCCAUCGGAAGAUGAUGUGAAUGAGACUGAGGUGACCACGGCGGGCGAUGCUCCAGGGGAGGCGCCGCGGGGAAGCCUGGAUAGCUGUGCGGAGAAAUCGCUGCCGUUCAGCCACUGCUCGUCAUACGAGAAUAUCACCACGUGCAGGUCCCCUCCGUUCGGCGACUCGAAUCCCGACUACGUGAACGUUAUCACAUGAGCAGCGUUAUCACACAGGAGGAGCGUGAGCUCUGCGGCACGCGGACAGGACGGCACACGCGGACACACGUGGCCAAGAAUUCCAGUGUUUUACGGGCUCAAAAAUAACAAUUUAACCCAUUAGACUGUUUGGGACAAAGUUACAUUUUUUUUGUUUUGAAAUCCAUUUGUUUUUAGAUAUCGUUUUUUUACCCAAUGAGCUUCACCACACAACGUCACGCACGCUGCCGGACACGCAACGUCAUGCACGCUGCCGGACACGCAACGUCAUGCACGCUGCCGGACACGCAACGUCAUGCACGCUGCCGGACACGCAACGUCAUGCACGCUGCCGAGCGACACACGUACUGUUACACACGCUGCCGGACACGCAACGUCACGCACACUGCCGGACACACAACGUCACGCACACCGCCGAGCGACACACAUGUAGCGAGACACGUUUUUGAUUAAAAGUCAGAAUGUCGAAUAUUUAAUUAUAUUUCUAAACACUUUCUCCAAAACCAAUCGAUUUUUAACAAGUCUCGAU